AUGCAGCACUUCCUACCGGUGCAGGUUGGGGCGAUGAGGAACGUGGCGCUCAUGCUUGCGGUACUUUGCAUGCAGCAGAGCGAGUCACAAGAUCCGAAGAGCAUCAUCUCCACUUGGAUCAGGGGUCCCAAGAGCAGGAUGAAGAGUGAAGAGAACCAUCUUGAUUUCGAUGCGUCCAAAAGCUCAUCCUUCCACCUCUCACCACAUAGAUUCUCUGUGAAGCAUCAACUUUCCAUGGCUUUUCCCAAGUUGUUCAUCGGACUCGAUGUUGUCCGUUUGGGCCCUUGCGACGUUACGAGCCCUUUCGCCAUCAUCAAAGUUUCGGACGAGCACGAUGUUCAGAACUGCAAUGGCAUCCUCGGCCUUGGCUACUCUGACAGGACUGGUAGCCUCUCCUUUCUAAGGACGUUAAUGUCAACUGCCAGACCGAGUUGGCACGUAGAGCAGGGGGAGGACGCCGUUCUGAUGUCAAACAGGAAGUUUGCUUUCUUGGCGAAUGACAAGGCUGGAGAGCUUCAGCUCGGGGGCUACGAUGAAUCUUCUGUGGCAGAUCCUGUCUUCUUCACCCCAAUGUUGAACUCGAGCGGGUACGCGGCGCAUGUCCUGUCGUUGAGGUACAACGGGGUCGAGCUGCUGCGGAGCAGCUCAAGUGAUCAGCGCUAUGUCAUCAUCCCCGACACAAGUGCAAGUUGCAUCAUGCUACCAAGUGUUAGCCCAACGGGCUCCUCGCCGUCCGUCUAUUCAAGUUUCCUCGCCGAGUACGACAGCAACCCGAGCGGGGAGUUUGAGUUCACAGUGGGGGGGCUGGCAACGCAGGAAGGGAGAGGAAGCGGGCUGAAUGGAUACAUGCAGAACACCACGUACAAGUUUCUCAUCCCCCCUUCCAAGUGGAAGCCUCCCAGCGGGUGUGUGGAACCCUCGAAAAGUGCGAGCAGGAUUGUGUUUGGUGAUCCCAUCUUUCGCUCGCUCAUGGUAGUGUUCGAUCUUGAAGGCCCGGUCUACAAGCUCGGUUUCGCAGCCAUUCGACACGGGUACAGCAUCGGGAAAGCUCCAAUGAAUCCCUGGAAAUCAAGAAAUCGAGAGUUCCACAAGAUAACCGCUUUUCGCCAUAGGGUCCGUCGGGGCAGCCCGCAGUCGCUGAGCAGAGGAAAUUUCACCUCCGACGCGAGGUCAAGUCUGAGCUCCUCAGGGAGCGAUCUAAUAGGGGAUCAUGAGGUAAGGUACCUCCUCCACCUGGGCGUGGGGACGCCGAUGCAGACAGUCCGAGUGAUUCUUGAUACGAGCACCUCCCUACUCUCUCUCUUCUCCAAGUCAUGGUCCUUGGAUCAGGGUAGCAACGGGCUCUACGACGCGUUCAACGAGCUCAAGGUCGGGACGAGUGCGAAAUGGGCCUGGGUGGGCCUUGGGUUCCUAGGAGUCAUCCUGGUAGCUGUGUUCCUACCCAUCUGUGCCAGGAGGAUGAAGCGGAGCCCGGCCAACCAGUCUGCUUCUGGAAAGAAGUACUACACUGCUCCCGUCUGCCCUGGCUCAGGUAUGUGGGCCUGA